AUGGGCUUUUUCCACAUAGGAAAACAGCCACGAAGGUUUGCCUACGAACUGAGUAAGAUCGAGUACACUCGUCGUUCGAAGGGAAACUCCUCUGCCUUCGUUGGAGUCGGUCGUGCCAAGUGGCAAGAGGGAGCCCUCAAGCUCUCUGCCACGCUCUACAGCUCGGAGAUCGGCCGAUCGUUCGAUGCCAAGGACAUCAAGUUGACGUGGGUUGAGGCUGAGAGGGGGAAGGGAUCGAUGAACGGUUGCGACAGGGUUGAAGAAGUCGUGAAAGCUGGACGUUUGAGGUUUACCCUGCGAUCGUGUUUGGAAAGUGAAGACACUUCGCAAGAGUUUCCUGCGACAUCAGAUCAGAAUGAAUCGACAGUGGAUCGAGGAAAGGAGGCGAAGAAGGUUGAAGAUCUGAAGAGCUUGGAAACGUCGCAGAGCAAUCAUGCGAGCGGACGGGGGCGAGAUAGGAAAAAGGAUCCAGAAGAUGGAAAGAAUGGGCAGAAUGGGAGGAAGGGAACGCCGCGCAAAGAGGAAGGGAAUGUUAUACAACCGACGGACGUGAGCGGCAAAGACCUUGCAGUUGCUCGCAAGGUUGCAAAGAAGGAGAGCUCGGGGCCGAAGAAGAAUCUGACGAAGGAGGAAGAGAAGAGCAAGGACGAGGAAAAGAACUCCUCUCAGUCAGAUUUCAAGGAUGAGGAAAAGAAGCUGUCUCCGGUCAAGGGAGUGGAGGCCAAGAAAGCAAAGCUUGCUCCUCCUGCGACGAAAACUUCGGGACAGCCAAGGAAAGAGAAACGGGAGAGCUCCAUGGACUCGUCCAAUUCCGACGAGACGAGGACGAGGAAGCUAGUUCAUCGCAUCUCAGAUCGGGUCGAGAGCGGGACGAGUAGGGAGAGAGAGAGGGAGGAGGAGGACGUUGAUUGGAAGGGGGUCAAGAGCAAGGAGAACGUGAAGCAUCGGAUGGAGAAGGUUGCCGCUGUUGAGCUUCUCAAGGCUAUCGCCGUCAUCAAACAACAUGAACAGGUUCUGGCAGAUCUCUCCUUGAAAGUGGAGUUCACUGAGAUUGAGUCCGAUCUAUUCACUCUACUUGAAAGCUGCAUCUACUGCAUCUCUCCCUACAAAACCUGCAUUGCUGGGCCGUCGGAAAAUGGUGGCAGCAAUGUCCGCACUGAGCCGUCAGUGGUCAACCAGUAUGACGUCUGCUACUCCGCCUGGAUCAUCACCCGCUCGAUGCUGCACUGGAACCUCUACAACGUGCCUGAACAAGAAUCUGCGGCACUUCCUGCCGCCUCCUCGUCCUUUGUCUCCUUGUUCUUCGACAAGAUGAGCCGCGCAUGGCAGUCCAUGGCUGCCAGUUGCGACCCUCAGAGCAUGUGCUGCUUCGCCAUCCUCUCGAACAUUUCCUCCUUGUUGAUCGCACUGAGGAGCAAAACUCUCCCUGGCAAAGGGAAGGAGGCAGGAAGAAGCAAGCGGGAGAUUUCAGCUGCGGACCAGCUCAGGACGGAGGUGGAGUCGUUCAUCAAGAGCCUCUCCAAGACCCUCGAGUCUCUGUAUGCUCGUGCCAUCGAAGCAGAGUUCAAGGACAUGAAGCUUGCUGCUCUCAACCUGGUGCAACUCUGUGUCGGUGGAGAGGCUGCCUCAGGUGUGGCCCUGGUGGAGUCUUACUUUCGUAGGCUCGCGGAGAGGUUCGAGGACGCUGGUCUCCUACCUUGGUUCCGCCGGGGUAUAGCCAAGGCUGUCAUGGCUUAUCUUGAUGGGGAGCUGCUAGACGUCCUGCUGACUGAGUCUUCCUACUGCACCUUCGAUGGAGCUCUCGCGCUCAAGAGCGGAGUGACGAGGGUGGAGCGGGUCGUGCUCAAAGCUGCCAACAAGUUCGGGUGGGACGAGCAGCUGUCCAACUCGACGCUGGCAGUUGGCAGCAGGAGUAGCAUGCAGGUUGAUGUGGGCCCCGAGACGCUGAGCCUGCCUCUGACGCGGCAAGCCACCGACGUCCUCAUGAUGGAGAAGUACAUGCUGGUGGGACCCGAGGCCACAGACUGGAGGCAGCAAAUCUGUCCUAACCUCUCCACAAGGCGCAUCUUCACGCUCGUUGCUUCUUUCUCCCCCGAUCCUUCGGCUCCGAACCCUGUGCCUAAAGAAGUACUGUCUUCGCUCAAAGCGGAGGCUUCUUCAGAGUCUAGUGGCCCCCUCCACGGAAAGGAUGACCUCUCUCAUCGAGCGAGCCUUGAGUAUGCUCCUUUCCCCAGAGUGAACGAGCGAGAGCUGGUGCUCCACCGCCUCGCGCUUCCUCUCCCUGCUGUUUGUAUUCCCGAAGGGAUGCGAAGCAAGAGAUCCUUCUCUUUCCUGAAGUCCGACGAAGGUGUAUCAUGA